CCUCUGUUGUUCCACAAAUCGUCAGGAAAAUAAUAGCCUUUCGCAGAUUAAAAAAAAAACAUUAUGUCGACACAAACUGUUCAACAGUAUAACAACAGGUUGUCAAAAGUUCACUUAAACAAAUCUCCUCACACACUGUAGUGGGCAAAUAACGAGGAUGAGAGACUUUGUCUCUCCUCGUCCCAGCGAACUGUAAUCCACAAAUCCUUAUCGAGGGCACUAAGACUCUGACACAGUUAGUUAGUCUGAAUGCUUAUAGAUAAAACUUGUGUUGCUUUAUUAUUUUUAUUAGCAUUGAAUUAUCAAUCAAAUAAAUCUGCGUCUGCUGUGAGAGGCCAACCACCUGAUCGUAAAAACAAGGAUCAAAGGAAAAUGGAAUUUACAUUACAUUAACAAGUGGAAAAGGGUAAACUGCAGAUCUGCUGCUAUGGAUUCUUCAACCACCCUCCCCCCCCACACUGUGCCACUUCACACUGUACCACAACUCUCCACAGACAGUGAUGAGUCCAGCGAGGAUGACCGAAGUGCGCCUGAAUCAAAUCAUCAUUGUCUGCUCAAUGUAAAUAACAGCAAUAACAAUGAAGAGAAGAAAAAGAAAAAAAGGAAAAAGGAGAAGGAGAAGAAAGAAAACAAGAAGAAGGAGAAGAAGGAAAAGGAAGCAAAGGAGGCAAAAGAAAAAGAAGACAAGGAAAAGGAGAAGGAAAAAGAAAAAGAAGAGAAGGAAAAAGAAAAAGAAAAAGAAAAAGAAAAAGAAAAAGAAAAAGAAAAAGAAAAUGUAAAGGACAAAGAUAAACCUGAAGAAAUAUUUGUCAUUAAUCCGGCUGGGAAUUUGUAUUACAACUGGCUGUUCAUCAUCACACUACCAGUCAUGUACAACUGGACCAUGAUCAUAGCCAGGGCUUGCUUUGAGGAGCUGCAGCAUGACUACAUCAUGUACUGGGUUAUUCUGGACUACACUUCAGACUUAAUCUAUCUGGCUGAUAUGUUCUUCAGGACUCGAACAGGUUACUUGGAGCAAGGCCUGAUGAUAAAAGAUAAGAAGCUGCUGGUUGAUCGCUACAUCGCCACCUUCCAGUUUCGUCUCGAUUUUAUCUCCAUGCUGCCCACUGACUUCCUCUAUUUCUUCCUCGGCCUCGACUACCCAGAGAUUCGCAUCAACAGGCUGCUGAGAAUCGGCCGCAUGAUGGAGUUCUUCACAAGGACAGAGACUAAAACCAACUACCCCAACAUCUUCCGUAUUGGUAAUUUGAUCAUGUACAUCCUCAUUAUCAUCCACUGGAACGCUUGCUUCUACUUCUCCUUCUCCAAAUACAUCGGUUUUGGUGCUGACGACUGGGUUUACCCGGCUUUGGAUGAUCCUGAUGAGCCUGCGUUUGGGGAGUUUGGCAGGAAGUAUUCAUUCAGCCUCUACUGGUCAACACUGACCCUGACUACCAUCGGAGAAACUCCACCUCCGGCCCUGGACUCAGAAUUUUUCUUCCACGUGAUUGACUUUUUAGUAGGGGUCUUGAUCUUUGCCACCAUUGUAGGGAACAUUGCCACCAUGAUCUCCAAUAUGAAUGCUGCCCAAGCUCAGUUUCAGUCCCGUAUUGACAACAUCAAGCAGUACAUGCAGGUCCGAAAGGUCAGCAAGGACCUUGAGUUGCGAGUCAUCAAGUGGUUUGAGUAUCUGUGGAAUAGUGGCAGGGCUCAGGAUGAAAGAGAGGUGAUGAGGUAUCUUCCAGACAAGCUAAAGGCUGAGAUCGGUAUCCAGGUCCACAUGGAGACUCUCAAGAAAGUUCGCAUUUUUGCAGACUGCGAGGCAGGCCUGCUGAUCGAGCUGGUGCUCAAGCUGCAAGCACAGGUUUUCAGUCCAGGAGACUAUAUCUGCAAAAAGGGCGAUAUUGGCCGGGAGAUGUACAUCAUCAAAGAUGGAAAACUUGCAGUUGUUGCUGAUGAUGGUGUCACACAGUUUGUUGUGUUGGGAAGCGGCAGCUACUUUGGUGAGAUCAGUAUUCUUAAUAUUAAAGGCAGCAAAGCUGGCAAUCGGCGAACAGCCAACAUCCGUAGCAUUGGAUACUCAGACCUCUUCUGCCUGUCCAAGGAUGACCUGAUGGAGUCACUGUUAGAGUAUCCGGAUGCCAAAGGCAUGCUGGAGGAGAAAGGGAGGGAGAUCCUGAUGAAAGAUGGUUUGAUAGAUUUGGACCCAGCUAACAUCAUACCCGAGGCCAAGGAGUUGGAGGAGAAGGUUAACAAAUUGUACAGCACGUUGGAGCUAAUGCAAUUUAAGCUGAAGAAGGUUCUGGGAAAUUACAAGAACACUGACAAGGCUCUGAGACAUCGCAUCGCAGAUCUGGAACACCUAACAGGUGAAGAGGUGGAAGACGAGGAUGAGGAAGAAGAAGAGGGAAAGAAGGAAGACAAAACAGUGGAAGGGGAGAAAAAGGAAGAAGUGCAAAAAGGCAAGGAAAUAAAGGAAGUUGUAGAAGGUGAAAAGGAAAUGAAGGAAGAGGAAAAAGACGAGGAAGCAAAAGAUGAAGAAGAAAAAAGUAAAGCGUUAACAGAAGAGGAGGAAAAAUAAACCCAUAGUUUCUGUAAAGUAAGCACUUUUCUAAUUAGCCACAAUCUAAUCUUUCUCACAAAUGUAUCUUUAUUCACUUUCUUACUGGACGUGCUACAAAAAUGACUCAGAUAAUUAAAAACUGCAAAAGACACAAAAUAACUGGAGCUGAAAUACUAUAUAGAACUUGUCUUAAAAAAAGUAUUGCCAUUGUAUACAAUUGACAACAGGGUAGGGGGCAACUUGGAGAAGUUGUUGAAAAGACUGUCACAAUGGUCUAAUCCAUGGGUUCCAACCUUUGACAUAAAUCUAUGUCUGCUUGUGAUCCAUCUCUAAAGGUUGGACAUAAAUUGUGAGCAGUUCAAGUGAGUGAGUUUUUCUGAGAUUGUUGUUGGAAUGGAUUUUAAGAUUACUGAAGAGGUGAACGAUUCCAGUAUUUGAAAGGAAAAAGAAAAAUCCGACAAAACAACAACGUACUUUUGUAUAGAAUUAUCUGCAUGGUGCCUGGUGAAUUUUUCUUUGUGGUCUACCCAUUGAGGUUUGCCAACCCCAAGGUUGGGCACCGCUGGUCUAAACCUUUGGUUACAAACUGUUUUUUGAAUGAAACACUCACUGUCAGUCUAGAGAGGAAAUCACUUGUUGGUGGAAUUGCAAACUUGCUUCUGAAACAUGACAAGCAGCCCAAACAAGACAUUGUCUGGUUUUUGGUUUUGAGCACAUACCUGUGACAAUAAAACAUCUGGAUCUUAA